AUGGAAAAUACAACUUUCAAUAACAACAUAAUUGGUGAUGAAGAAGCACCAUUUGAAUUUAAGAAUCUACUAUCUGAAAUGUUCACAUCUUUACCUAAUCAAAAUCCCACUACCUCCAAUUCAUUAGAAAAUGUUCCUAAAAUUGCAUUUUCUUGUUCUUCUCCUUCUUCUAAUAAUUCAUCGUCUUCAUCGCAAAAUAUUAUUUCAUUUGGGAAUAAAGCUGAUUCUUUUUUCCUAGAGGAUAAUGAAUUAGAUUAUGAUAUGAUAACGGAGAAAGUGAUAAUGAGCAACGUCAACAUAUCGAAUUCAUCGAUGGCAUCUAAGAGGAUAUGUAGAAGUCCUUUGCAAUCUCAAGAUCAUCUUUUGGCUGAAAGGAAACGUCGUGAAAGGUUCUCCCAACUUUUUGCUCUCUUGGCUAAAGCUAUACCGCAACUCAAGAAGUUGGACAAAGCUUCAAUUCUUGAAGAUGCUAUAAAGUACAUAGGAGAACUUCAAGAACGUGUUAGUUCUUUAGAGGAAGCUGCUCGGACGAUAAAAAGUAGUACAAACUUGAUUGAAUCAACUCAUCCCACACUAGUACACAAACAAUAUUCUCAUGAUGAUCAUGUUGAUGAUCUUGAAUCCAAAAGACAUGAGAAUAUUAAUGAUAUAAAGGUUCAAAUUCUGGACAAAAAUGUACUCAUAGGAAUCCAUUGCAAUAAGCAAAUGAGGAGUAUUUUCUCUAUUAUUGCUGGAAUAAUGGAAAAGCUACAUCUUACUAUUCACCACAUAAGAGUUUCCCCAUCCAAUCAUACUUCUCUUCAUUAUAUCUCCAUUCUUGCUGAGAUUGAUGAGAAUGUUGAUAUUAAAGUGCAGGAUGUUGAAAAGGCGUUUGAAUUACAUCUUCUUACCAUACAAGACUCGACACAAGAAUAA